UCCCGCUCCUUCCGCUCGCCUCGCAGCUCCGGACGCGGUGACCGGACAACUUUUAACUCUGCGCGGAUGAUGCUUUUCCUCUGUGGCAUCUGAUGAAUCCUCCACUGGGAAAAAGAAACAGGUCUGCCAAACAUAUCACCUCCCAUGUCACAGGGGCGUCUCCAUGGAGAUGUUUAGUAGCGCUGAGCGGCUCUGGAACGAGUCGGAGCGCCUCGGAUGGGACGAGCGGAACCAGAGCUCGGAGGGAGCCGAGCAGGACAAUGGGGAGCAUAACUACUACGCCAUGCUGUAUUCCCUGCUCAUCCUGGCCAUCGUGUUCGGGAACGUGCUGGUGUGUAUGGCCGUGGUGAGGGAGCGCUCCCUUCAGACCACCACCAACUACCUGGUGGUCAGCCUGGCCGUGGCUGACCUGCUGGUGGCGCUGCUGGUGAUGCCCUGGGCCGUGUACCUGGAGGUGGUCGGCGGUGCCUGGCUUUUCAGCCGGCUCUACUGUAACAUCUUUGUCACGCUGGAUGUGAUGAUGUGCACCGCCAGUAUCCUCAACCUGUGUGCGAUCAGCAUUGACAGGUACACAGCUGUGGUGAUGCCCGUCCUGUACAACACUACCCAUAACUCCAAGAAAAGGGUCUCUGUGAUGAUUUCCACUGUGUGGGUCCUGGCCUUCGCUGUGUCCUGUCCCCUGCUGUUUGGCUUCAACACCACAGAUGACCCCAUGGUUUGCUCCAUCUCCAACCCCGACUUUGUGAUCUACUCCUCAGUGGUGUCCUUCUACCUGCCCUUCAUCGUCACGCUGCUGGUCUACAUCCGCAUCUACGUCUUCCUCAGGAGGAGGCGGAAGAGGAUCGCCUUCGGCCAAGCCAGCAGAAAGAUCCAGCCGGGUUCCACCCUGCCAUCUGCCGAGACCUGUCUACAAGAAGAGACUCCCAAGGCGAGGCAAGACCUGUCACCUAUAAGGAUUAAAGUGCAGACUGUAGAGCCGUUGGCUCCCUCCAAGCCCAACCUGCUCUCACGAUGUCUGUGGCGCAACCACCCGAAGACGGGCCCGGUGGAGAACUCAGGGCUGCCCCCGGUGGACACGCAGAACUACUGCAGCAUCAGCCACGCCUCCUGCGGCCGCACAGAGCUGGAUCUGGAGCAGGAGCGGGGGGAGCGGGAGGCGGAGGAAACCCACCAGGACGAACAGGCCUCGGUCAGGAUGAGGUGCGAGGUGAGGGAUCUCUCCAACGGGCGAACGCACACGGCACUGCGGCAGCUCCCUCACCUGCACACCAACAAUUCACGAUUCAGGAGCAUGCACGCGCGGGAGAAAAAGGCAACGCAGAUGCUGGCCAUUGUGCUUGGCGUGUUCCUCAUCUGCUGGCUGCCUUUCUUUGUGACUCACAUCCUGAAUACCCACUGCAGGACAUGCUACGUGCCUCCUGCACUUUACGGUGCUUUCACUUGGCUGGGUUAUGUCAACAGCGCCCUCAACCCCAUUAUCUACACCACCUUUAACAUCGAGUUCAGACGGGCCUUCAUCAAGAUCCUCAGCUGCUGAGGAAGGAGGCAGGAGAGGAAAUUAAAAUGGAAAUGAGGCUGCGGACUCCUGCUAGAACUCUGGCCCGGUGCGUUUUGUAAUCCAUGACCACAGACUGCUCAUGGUCAAGGAAGGCAGACUCACUUUGUGCCCAACAGGAGUUAUUCAGAGGCAGCGACGCGAUGAAUGGAAAUGAAUUGACACGUGUCACGCAAUAAUAAAUGUUAACAAAAGAGGAUUUAUGAUUUUCUGACUCAAACAGAGACUCAAGCUUAUCUUUCUCAACAGGGCCGGGACUUCAUUGGAACAGUAUUCCUCUUUAAAUAAGACUCUGUCCCAUGCAUAAGGUCUUAUGGAUAGCACAAGGUGUUUCUCGUGGAUAUGUCUUGUACAGUGUGUGUCCGGCUCGUUGGCACAGUUCCCUGGUUCAGGACUUUUCGAUCAAUGACAGUUUUGAAACCACAGAGGCGCUUCAAGGCUGAUGGAUUGAUCUCAAACCCGCAGUCCACUUCGUCCUGAGGCGGGCUGCCAACGCACUGUGUGGAUUAACUGAUGUUAUACCUCCUUCAUCCUACUCCAUUAUCUUCACUAUCAGUUAUUCACCUGUGCAUGCAGAAAUCAAAAUGCAAGGGCCAUCCACUUGAAUUGUGCUUGAAGGAUCGAAGUGGUCCCUGCCAGGAGUCGCAUCAUUUUGAUUGUCAUUUAUCUUGACAUGGAGGCAUUGUUUGCCAUGUGGAUUUUUAAAAAGUGACAUUUUGAUGUUAUGCACAGUGAAAAAAUAUGUGUUUUGUUUAAUUGGUCAAACUUCCCCAUUAUUCAGCUGCUUGCCGGCUCCUCUGAAGCUCCGAGGAAGGCAGGAGCUUUGUGAUCAUAACACAACGAGCAAGAUUGUAAACCAUGUGGAGAGCAGGUCCAGAGUUACUGCAGUGUGUUGUAAAU